UGAAUGGAAUGACCACCCUUGUAGAACUUCAUCUCCCAGACUCCGAUGCGUGUCCUGGUGCCGCGAGGGGCCGCCCUGGAGUCCGUUGACAGUGGUAAUGGUGGCACUCGACUGGAGCGCGCUGAGACGACACGGAGUCGUUUUUUUAGGAACUUUUGUCUUUUUUGAAAAAAAGGGAUUUGGGUUUUUAAAAUAACGUCUGGCAAGUAUGACGGAAACCGCCGUUCGUAGCGGGUGUUAGGGAAUUGACUCGUUGGGAAAAGGUUUUGUGGCAACUUCGGAGCCUGAGGUUUCUAAGACGAAGCAGGUCCCGGCAUAGCAGCUCCUGGAGCGGGGAGCGACUGGAUUUCAAACCGGGGGUCUGCCGUCGACAACAGGCGGUAACAAGCUUUGGUAGCACGGUAGCAAAAUAGCGGGGGAGUGGAAUUUGUGUCUUCGGCUAAACGAUUCUUCCCGGCGGGGGCUUGAGCUCCGGACAACCGGGACUGAGAGUGAUCGAGUUAGCCCAGACUGGAGGGAGGCCUCUGGCGACAUAAUGCUCGAAAUCAUGGCCGAGCAUCAAGAUUCCCUUCUGAAAUGUAAAGCGGAGUCUCUGCCUCCCGAGAAGAGAAAGCGAACUGUGGAAGACUUCAAUAAGUUCUGUAGUUUCGUCUUGGCCUAUGCAGGCUACAUCCCAUCCACCAAAGAGGAAGGCCAGUGGACGCCGCCAAGCUCCAACACCCCUCACAAGCCAGCAGGGGGCGGUGCAGACGCAGGAGAUGGCUGGGCCUCAGCCCAAUCCGACCUGCACACCAUCCAGACCUUCGUGCGCAAAGCCCGGGCCUCCAAGGGGAAGGGUCUUCGCCGGCUGCACUCGGACAGCUCCCUGCUGGACAAGAUGAGGCUCAAAGACUCCCUCUUCGACAGCAGCAGCAGCAGCACCGCCUCCUCGACACCCAGAUCAGAAAAGAAAAAAGAGAAGAAACUCAAGAAGCUUUCCCUGGGCUCUGCCACCUUAGCAACAGCAGGGGGCAGCACCAACACAGGCCAGGAGAAGCGAGCCCGCAUCAAACGCAGCAAAAACCCCAAGCCCACCAAGGCCCUGAAGAAAUUAAAGAGCUCUCCCCCGAGCGAGACGGACUCAGAGGGAAGAGCAAAGGAGGGGGAGGCGCCCAGCCUGGGGCCGGAGUUUCAGGAGAGCCUGGGUCUGAGCGGGCAGGGCUUUGGGGAGCAGCGGCCCAAUCACAGCAAGGAGGCGGGGUUUGCAGAGCUGCUGGGCGGGGAGUCAACCCGUGAUGCGGACGCCAGCUCCAGUGAGGGAGAGACCUGGAUUGCAGAUGAAGAUAUCAUGGUGGAGUCAGGUGACGACUCGUGGGACCUGAUCACCUGUUACUGCAGGAAACCCUUUGCAGGGCGGCCCAUGAUAGAAUGCAAUCAGUGUGGCAUCUGGGUGCAUCUCUCCUGCGCCAAGAUCAAGAAGUCCAACGUACCCGACAUCUUCUACUGCCACAAGUGCAAAGACACGCGCCUCGACCGCCGCUCCGGGCACAAGAGAGAGCCUGAGAGGGUCUGAAUCUGCCCCCCUCUGCACCUCCCUCACUCCCUAAACACGUGGACACGAGCCGCUAGGAAAGCAGGCUGCCUGGGACGCUGGUUCUAAAGCAGGCGAAGUUUGAAUGUAACGUGCGAUUCCUUUUUUUUUUGACAGUUUGUAAACCAGAAGGCUUUUAAACUCCUGGAAAUAAGGCAGGUGCAAGGUGAAGGUGAACUGAAUCCAGCGGUGAAUGCAGAAAGGUUGAACUGGGUUGUGAUUCUACUUUACUAUGUUGAUUUACCCUUCAAAGAAAAUGCUUGUCUAUAGCUUGAUGCUGGAAACCGUUUGUAAUCAGGAAGGCAUUAGCUAAAACAUUUGAUUACUGGUUUCUUUUAAGUUUUACCAAUUAGCCUUCUGCUCCAUCCUUUACAAUGUAUAAAGGAGAAGCUAAAUACAGAAACCACAAGCUGUUUACUGCUUUGAUAGGUUAGGUUAACCAGUGAUGAAUUUCACUUUCCAAGAAGUAUUGUCUUUACAAUCUGAAGUUAUAUGAAGAAUGUCUUUAAAUCUCUGCCUGUUUUCUGGUGAAGAUAAGUUCAUUCGGAAUGAUUUAGUAAUAAAAGCACAUUGCAACAGCAAAAAAAACAGAUGAAUCAAAUCUCAGGGUCUGCUAUAUAUCAUAUAUACCUGUAACACAAAUAAGUUUCAACGCAUUGUACGAUAAGACAUCUAACCUAUCCAUAUGUGGAAACUAAAUGAUCAUUUGUUAAUAUUUUAGACAAAUUCAGAGUCUUUUUUUUUUCCCCCAGUGUGAAUAGUUUGAGUAAAAGCUGGUAGCAAAGACACUAAGGCACAGUGCCCCUUUCCUGUUAUUUUUUUUUAAAUAAUAUAUAAUCACAGAACCAUUUUUAAACCAUAAGGUUUUGACAAAUCUCAUUUUUUUUUUGGUGGAAAACAAGUUAUAUUUUGUAGCCAAGUUUUCAGCUCAAUACUAGGCACUCUGAUAAUUAUUUUCAUUGAAGGGCAUUUUCACAGUAAGUAGCUGCUGUAAAUAUUUUAAUGUCUCUUGAACUCGUUUUUUGAGUAAUUUGUCCCCAAAAUGAGGUGUCUUGGUUUGAAACGAUUGUAAAGACACUUGCUACAUUUGAGUUGAAAAAUGAAUAUAUCUCCGUGUAGACAAACAGUUUGGCUAAGCAUCUUUGCUAAAGACAUGUGUAUCCUCGGCAUUGCCUAAUUCCUUUGCCUGAUAUGGGUGAUGGAACUAUUCCUUAAGAUAAAGGAUUCCUAACCAAGGAUUUAAAAGCAAACCUCAAACACUUCAGCGCCCUCUAUGUCCAAUGCUGGUAUUGCUCAUUGAUUUUUAUUUUCCACACAACAGUAUUACAGAAUGAGCAUGUGAUGGUAAUUCGGUUUUGUAAAUGUUUCAAGAGCAUAUAAAACAGUAUGCAAAUAAGUUCGCAAAUAUGCUGGUUAUUCUGCCUAUUCUGGUAGAUCUGUGGUGAUCAUUUCACAUUUUCUUUUCAAACUGUUGUAAAUGAUUUAUUUGUAAAACAUGGUGGAAUUAUAGUACAUUGAUAAUUUAUACUAUAAGUUUUUAAGAAAUUAUACCCCAUUUUUGUUGUAAAAAGCACAUCAUUCAAGCAAAUUCCAGCAGCUGACUCUAAAUGUAGCAGAUGUCUUUAAAAUGGUCCCUCUGUGUUUUUCCAAUCACAGUGAUCCAGACUCGGAAAUCCAGGUGGGAGCACACAUUCAUUAAAGAUACAUGCAUCUCUGUUUAGGGACUCACUUGUGAGGGGUUGUGUCAGUAAGGUUUGUCCCACAUCUUAACCCCCCUGUAACACCUGCAGCAAUGGGACUAAGCAACCCAACCAAAGGGGCUUUAAACAGCAGACUGUAAUCACACAUCAGGUACUUGUGAAAAUACAUCUAAAGUAGGGUUUUGAAUCUGCAAACACAACUACCUGAUGUAGAUCGUGAUUUCAGUUGAGUUGGAAAGUGGAACUUCAGUUUGUAAUCCUGAGUGACAGACAAGUAAAACGAAACAUGAUCUUUAACCCAGCAUACCUGUGUUGCAAAUUUCAAAUCGAGGUUCAAAAAAUUUCUAAAAUCGAAAAACGAAAGCAUGGUCAGUGACUAGCAUUUCUACUGGAAGUAUCUCUCAAUGAGAAACACUUCAAGUCAAAACGUUUGGACCUGAACUUUAUUCUUUAGGUAUUUCUGUGUUUCACACUACUGGUUCAUAGUUAUUGAUAACACGUAUUUGCAUCAUACCUUGUGUGUUAGUGCUAUAUAUACAAGUGAUGAGGCAGUUCGUCACCUGUUAUCUUUCUUUUAUCCAGGUACAUUAAGAGCCUGGCCUUUUCUCUUCUCGGUUCAGUUUAAAUGUUCAUACUGAGAGAACAUAAGCCAGUAGUUCAUGGUUGUGUACAUUGGUUGUAGAAUAAGCCCUUGCUGUUUGCAGACCCCCUUCCUUUCCCCACCCCAUUUAUUUUUUAAAAGUUGGGUCCUUUCCCAGAUCUUGUACAUAAUUUGACCCUGAUAUUGUAAAUAUGUGAGAAAAAAAAAAACAAAUGUUAUAUUUUCUGUAUCAGUUGUUUUUUCUUUAGUAAAUGUAGCUUGAAAAAUACAUUUCUUGAUCUUAAUGUGUUAUGUAUAUAGUGUCUGUUUCAAUGAGCUAAUGUUGAGUUGUUUCCCACUUGCAGAAAGAAAGUACAGCAGUACCCUGUUUUCUAAAGGGUCCAUCGGGUGGCGAUUUUGCCUAGAAGGGAACAGCCAAAAAUGAAAUAUUUUCUGUGGAAGAUUUCACCUUUAAUUCAACUACCAUAGAAUAUCUUGGCAACAACAGCUUUUCACUUAUAUAGCACCUUUCAGUACCAGAGCCUCUCAAAGCGCUCAGCAGAUUUUAGAACAAAAAUGAUUAAAUCAUAGUUUCAAAUUAAUAGUAAAUCAUUAGUCAUUAGUCAGCUAUGAAAAAUCAAUUGGUAACAUUAAAAUGUGUACCAGGAAAUGCCUUUUCCCAAAGGUGUGUUCUUAAAUGAGAUUUAAAAACAGGAACAGACCAAAGGUGGUAAGGAAUUGCAAAGGGGUGAGGUAAGAGAAUGCCCUUUUGCCCUGGCAUGCAUUUUAAAUGGGCAUCCUGGGGGUGCAGUGUGUUGCCAGGCCUGUAUGGUGAUAAUAAUACAGGAAGCUAUAAUGGAGCAGACCAUGAAACGCCUUAUAGGAUCUUAAAAUCAUGUGUAAAUCGUGCUAGAAGCCUGUGUAAUGAGGUCACUACCGUGGUGCUGUGAGGGUAUUUCCUAUACUUCGUUAACACUGCCAGCUUGUUGUGAACAAUCUGAACACGUGAUCAAGUGUUUGGGCAGGCCAGUGAAGAGCACAUUGCAAUGAUCAAUCCUAGAAAAGACAAAAGCGUGGGUAAGUCUCUCAGGCACGGACAGAUAGGACCCGAGUUACAUUUCUAAUAUUCUAUUGCAGAACUUGACUGGCCACCUUAUUAUUAGUAUUAUUAUUAUUAUUAUUAUUAUGAUGAUGAUGUGUUUUUUGUAUGAAAUCUAAGUGAAUGCAGUGUGCAAUUUUGCUAAUUAAUUUUUCUACACUCGGUUUUUUAUGUAAGUGCCAGCUCAUUAUUAUCAUUAUUAGAUAUGAUCACUAUUAAAACAUGAUAUUUACAUUUUUCACAACUUAAAGGUGAAAUCCAUAGUAAAUAUUACAUUUUUGUCCGUAACUCGUAAGCACAAUACCCAUCUUGCAGACCCUUGUCCUUUUAAGGCGACUGUAUUAACUUAAAUAAAUCAACACAAUCUGUUGCUUCCCAAAUUCAUUCUAUGAAUCCAUGACUUCUCGUACUGAGAUUAUUACAAAAAAACGAGCUGAAAUCUAACGUUAAACCAGCCCCUCUAAUAUGCAGUAUGAAUAACUUGUCUUUUUGACUCGUUUCUGUAAGUCUUACUGAGAUCAGACCCCUACACAAUACAGCACUGCUGAUAAGUAUUUGUGUUUGUGUGUGAACGAUAAAGGGACUUUAACUCCUG